CAUGAGGUUCUGCUCCAUAACUUCAAGCCAACGUACUUCCUAGACAAAGGAGAAACAAUUAAGGUAGGAAACCUCGGGUCAGUUUUUUCACUUCUUCCUUCUCUCUAUUUUCGCAGUAGCUGUUUUAAUUCAUAUGUGACCAGUGCAUCAAAAAUAUGCUUCAAAACAUAUCCCUCAAAAUGGUCCUGAAAGUUGGCAUGCUACAACUUUGUAUUUGUGUUUCUUCUUCUUACCAUUCCUUCCUUUUCUUUCCUUUUCACCACAGGCAUGGGCUAUGCUUAUUCCUGAACCUUGGGAAGAUAACCGACUUAUCGUAAGAGAGCUAACAACAACCGUUUUAUAAUACUUACAGAAAACAAAAAGAAUCUUGCCUACAGGGUUCAUUGCACGUUUUCACUCAGUUAUUAGCUAUUGCUGUGUCGUUAUCCGCAAGUUUCAAGAGAAACUUAUCGAGUAAAGAAAUAAUACACUGAACUGGAUAUUUACCACAUAGGGAAAUAAUAAACAUUGUACAAUUCUAAGAGGAACUUUUCAAACAACACCAUUUCUUACAUGCUAUAUUCAUUUGUGAUACAUCAAGCGAACAAUUUGGAGUUACAAGAGAGAGAAUCCAGAGUGUCAGCUGGGACACAACAGGAACACUAUCCUCCUCAAAUUUUGUUACUUGUUUAGUAAACUACAAUAAUGAUGUAUAGCCGUUUUCUUGUUGUAAUUGCAGCACCAUUUUGAAUAAAACCUUAACAUACAAGUAGAACAUGAAUUUUUCAAUUCCUUUAUUUCACAGGGCAGCCUUUCAAAUACUGAACACUUGACUUUCAGUCUUGCAAGCCAGGAAUCAUUCUCAGAUACUCAUGGCAUAGGAGUUAUAUCCAGAAAUGUAGUAAGUGUUGUGAAUUUCUCAUAGAAAAUGGAAAAUUACUCAGGAUUAGGAUAAGUUAGGUUAAAUUUUCUGAGCCACUAUCAAUUUUUUCACUGUGAUUUCCUUCUAGACAGUUUCCCUCAAAGAAAGAAAGAGAAGAAAUGAGGGACACAACCACGCAAGGUAAUGAAUUUAGGAGUGAUCCCGGGUAUGAAGUAGCUUGGUGUUUACAGAUGUUUUUUAGGAGAUCAUAGGUUAAACUUUUGUUAGGAGCAGCACAAUUAAUUUCUUUCCUCUAAAUGAACCUGGUGUGUCACUGAUUCACUGAUUGUAGCUUUUAAGGUAGUCUAGAUGCCAUAAUUUGACAAUAUUAAAAGUUAUAACUUGUAAAUAAUGUAGAAAUGUGUUUUUAGUGAAGAGGGCAUCAAUGUUUUGUUUGGUGUUGAGGCAUUUUCCGAAGAUCACUCUUGUGCCACCUUAAAAGCAGUAAGUAUUUGUGCAAGUGUAGCCUUAGUUUUAUCUGAGCAGUUGCAGUUCAGAAACAGACAAAAACAUUCUUAAGGGAUUGGCUUGGCAAUUUUACUGUGCUAGAAUUUAUUUUCUCUUGUGGCUGUCUUCUUUGACAUGGAAGUUUUUGCAUCAGUAUCCUUCCUAUAAGAUUGGAUGUUGCCUUCAUAGUAUGGCAGAGUAUGUUACAAAUAAAUUUGACUCCACUAAGGGCAGAACAAAAAAAGUUGUGCAAGUUCCAGAAGAAGCAACCAGAUCUAAAAGAACCUUUUGAAAUAUAUUCUAACAUAGGAUAUGUGUUUCAUUAUGUUAAUAGGAGACAAAUGUGACUGUUGGUUGCCCUUCUAACCGGCAUAUAAUUCCUAGGGGGUGAGUUUGGCAAUGGUUGAUGCAUAGAUAUAAUCUAUAGAAAACGUUUUAUACAAUUUAUUUAAGUCAAAGCAAUUUCAAGCUCUUGAUAUGUGCGCAACAUGUUUAAAAGAAAGUAUAAUAGGUAGUUGUUUGGGGAAAUUAUCGCUUAUUGUAGGUAAAUCACAACUUUUGUAUUAGGUGAUCAUUUUUAAUUUUUCAGCAAACCUACCAGAUGUGGAAGUUUCAAAAACUUUUCUUAUGUGGUCUCAAGGUAAAAACAAUCAAAGAUAUGUUUAUAAGCAAUAGUUAUUGGGUAAGGAUGGUGUUAUGAUGAAAGACAGAAUUGAGAAAAUCAUAAUUAAUACUGCCUGGGUCAGUAGAUAAUCCAAUUUUUCACUUUUAAAAUACUCGAAAACAUUUCAACCUCAUCUGGGGAGUGUCACAUAGCCAGUUGCUUAGGGAGAAGUGCUGGGAAAUUUAAUUCACUUAGACUAGCAAGGCAAAUUAAGUUGUAGGAUGAGUUGGAAUAGUCUAAAUACUACAAUUAAAAAAUAGAGCUUACUUGACUUUUUGACCCUUGAGUGCAUUAACCCUUCAAGCCCUAAGAGUGACUAACAUCUAAUUUCUCCUAACAACAUCACCCCUGGAUCAAACACUAAGGUCAUGAGAAUAAAGGAAAUGAUCACCAACUAAAGAAGCUUUUGAUUGUUGCACAAAUUCUCCUUGUAAAAGCAUUAGGAAAUGUCUAAGGAGUAGUAUGGAGAAUAUGCAUACUGAUGUUAGGGAGUAAAGAGUUACAUUAGGUGAGAAAAUAACAUUUUCUACUUUUUUGUGGCAGUGGUCAGCAGAGAGAAAUUUCUCAUGAAAAUGAUGAAGUUUCAGAUAAGGUGAAGUUAUGUAAAUUCCACGUUUAGUUUUCCAAAGAGGAAAAGCUCAAUUUCUUUUCUUUUAUACGGCUUCUCUCUCGUAUAUGCUUCAAGAAACGGCUGCUUUUCCAAGUGCCUUUCUUUCUUGAUUCAAUUCAAUUCGCCCUAUGACGUUAUUUGUAGUUAACGAUUCUUCAAACCUCAUGCUUUACAUUUUGAUCAGGUAUUUGAUUUUAUUUGUCGUGGGAUGUACUGAAAAAAGUUUGUUUUAUAGAACGUUGUGUAUGACCUUCUGAAACUGGGCUGUCCGUUAUCAGUGCAGAGCAGUGAACCUUUCAAACCCAUUAUUGACGUGUAAGUGCCGUGUUUUAUUAACACCUUUUCCGCCCAUGCAUUUUCCUGACAGCUAGGUAAUAGUGGAAUUUAAGUGCCAAAGGAAAAAAAAGGAAAGAAUCAGGGGAGAUUCACGUCGCUCUCUGCUGCUUAAUGGCUGCUUCAACUGAAUGUAGGGAAAAGGCCUCAUCAGCAGAUGUAUCACGAUAUGUAUUUGAAGUCUUAAUGUUGAUUCAGUCUACUGAACUAAACUCUUUAUAGAUACAAGUAUCAGUAAUGUCAUUCACGAAUCUAAUGCAGUUGAGUAUAAUGUGUUUAAGUAUUUAGUUUUUAUUUAAUUAUCUUUUUUUACUUCUAAGUGAAAAUAAAUGCGACAGCAAUGUCUUCUUAUAUGAAAACUUUUCGUACUAUUUUAUAACUAAUUUCUUAAAGAUUACGCAAGUUCUGAAAUAUUUUUCCCCGUCAGGUACGAUGGAGAAACGUUUGUAAAAGAAGUGGAUGUAAACUAUGUAUUGUGGGAACAACGUGGUCGAGCUGGCUACAAGUACAGUAAAACCAUGAAGGAGGUUAGCGGCUGUUUCGUAUUUUAAACAUUAUUUUCCUCCUCCUCCCCGUUUUUGGAGGACUACUGGGGAUAGGAGAAAAAUUAUAAUUUUUUGAUACUGAUAUCUCUUUUGGAAAUGCAAACAUAGUGUAGUGCAUAGUGUCAGUUAUUUGUGCAGCAUUAAAAGGCUAUACCGCUGAACAUCGCCCAAAGAAUUUCAAGGAAGAAAGCAAGGAAAGACGUGCUACACUGGUAUUGAUAGGCUGAAGUGGAAUGCGUUGAACUUAUACUGCAAAGAAGCUGGCGAAGAAUGUUACAGCAGAAGAAAGAGAAAUUACGGUGUUAGCAGUUCGAUCGAGGGAAAAAUGCAAAAGAACAUAUGAAAUUAGGUUAAAAUUGUCACUGGCGUUUUGAACAUCUCAAUAUCAACUCACUGUUCGACUAUGUGAACUUCAACUUUGAAUUUUUUGUACGCAACUUCCUAUGUUAAGUAUGAGCCACUGACUGAAAUUCACACUUAAAGAGUUCGGGAGAAGUUAAGGAAAGUCAUGGAAAUUUUUAAGACUACGAGGGAAAUAUGAACCCAACCCAAUAUUCAAUAGGAAAGCGUUUUUGUUGUUGUUGUUUUUUUUUAACAAGGUUGGGUGCAUGAGAGAGGCGCAGAGCUGGGAAAAGAUGAUAAAUUCUAUGAAGGGUGGAAGUAUUGAAUCAGCGUGGUCCAAGGAGGUAAAAAGAUACGAACAGCGAGUCAUAAAAGAUGCAUUUACUGUGUUAAUUUGGUUCCAUGUUGCCUUCUCUUGACCAACUAAGAAAACUAACAAUGAUCGACAAACAAGUUCAUGAUGAUCUUUUAUGAUGCCUUUCGUUCAAGACUAUCGCAAUAUGCAACUGAUCAAUUUCCGAACCUUCGAAAGAUUGUAAUAUUAUUUACUUUCAUAUAAUUUCAAUUUUAUUCCCUAGAAUUACCAAACUUGUUUUCAAGAGUCAGCAGAUGGCUCCAUUUCUGCGGAUAAUCUUUAUGAACGAUACGAGAUCCUCAACAAUUCUGGGGCCGCCUCGCACAUUGUGUGGACUGAUGUAGGCACUUUUGUCUUCCUCCUGAAAGUUCUUGAUCCUGAAUUUAGGUAAAGGAAUUGAUUAUUGAAUAUACCUCAACUGAUAUUCUUUAAGAUAGUGAAAUUUCAAGAGCAGUAUUUUUUUUAUUUUUUUUUUUUUAAUUGUUUUUCUAUUGAGAGGCAACUUUCGGAUUUUGCCGCUGAAUAAAAUUUGGCCGCGUCAUUUUUCAGCCACAGCCCUGGUUAGUUUAAACCACUAAAGCUCACUUUGGUUGUCUGGAUUUUCGAGUCAACCCUAAGAAAGCGAAAGAUAUACUCAGUUUCAACUUCCCACUCGAGUUCACUCUUUGUUCCUCUUUCCCAAACGGCGGCUGUGACAGUGUGUCGAACUUUAAGGAAGGAGGCUUUAUAAGGGGUUAUCGGAUGCGGGAUAUUUGGUUAAAACAUUGAAGGGAUACGGGGAUAGUCGAAGAAAAAAAGCGGGAAACGGGAUUUUCAAAACAGAGAUAACGGGAAUUAAAAGGAAACAAACUGCAGGAAUUAACGGGAUAUUUAGGCCAAACAUUAAUAGUAUACGGGAUACUCAGACCCACCUCCUCGGGGGCGUCAGGAAUUGUCUCUUUUCCUUGUUCCUUUAGCGUGGGUUCCGUGCUAUUCUUCAUAAGAUUAGGCUGCCUGUGACUUAGCUGAAUACUGACUAUUAUCAUCGAUAUACUUUGUCAUUACAGCUUUUGUAAUCUGACCGUAGAGUUUGGUGUUCAAGUGCAUGGUGUCAGGAGUGCGAUGCAAGAGAUUCCAACCUUCGUGGUUCUUGGUUCAGCAUGCCUGACUAUCGUGGUCCUGAUGCUAUCUGCCUUCCACACCACAGCACUGUGUUCCGAAUGACCGUGGGCUACUCUCGUCUGGGAGCACGGAGGAGGGGGGAAGCUUUAUCAAGUUUCAUGAAAUGGAAAAUAGUCUUUCUUACUAUUACAUCCGCAAUAGGUGGGUUUUUGCGUUUCAACUGAAAAGAAGGUCCGUGCUCAUUAUUCUCAUUUUUGGUCAAAUUCCCUUGGAUCAAAAAACGGUCUAUUAUUCCAGAACAACAUUUUGUAUGGAGCGUCAAAAGAAGGCCUUUUUUUAUACGUAGCGCUUAGGAACUUUUGUCGAGGCUGAGUGCAAAAGGUUUGUGCGGAACAUGUUGAUACAUGUUUCGUGGAAUACUAUUGACCUCGAUCACGUGUUUAGGGCCUUGGGUCAUGCGAGAAGAUUGAUGUAAUCUGUUGUACCGUGACGGAAAUAACUGAAUCCGAGGUAGUGAGGAUCUGCUGCAAAGGCAAUAAGGAAACCUGAUGGAACCUGGGAUACCUUCAAGUAGAUAAACGAAAAAACAAAGCAGCGUUUUGCAAAUGAUUUUAAUCAAAAACACUUUGGAAAUUACGAUUGUUCAAUAAGGGCGACAUGUUACUUUUCACUACUUCUUUCGAACCGCCAAAGUUAAUCGAGGCAAAUUCGUUUCAAAGAAUUCACACCCCGUUGGAAGUUAUCUCUUGGAGAGUAUUUUAAGUUAAGUUGUAACACAGUAACCUUGUAAUCUGAACGUUAAAAAAUUCAAGAAAACUUUAACUCAAUAUUUCCUGGCAAUAUUGCUCCUAAAUUUCACCAAACUAAGCCGCGAGAGGCAAUCAGAGUUUUCUUAACAAAACGCCAAAAUGAUGGCUGUAGGAAGGGUACUUUGGAGAAUAUGCCGCUUUAGUACUUGGAAUUUUCUUGGAAGAGUGGUGCUAGUAGCCACUGUGGUGGGGAUAACACUAUUCGUUUGGAAAACACCGUGUACGAAUGGACGCGAAUAUCCCACUACCUCAAGAGACGUCAAACCUUUAAACAGUCAGAGAAAGCCUACAACUGAGCCAUUUCAAACAACUUCCCACGAACCAAGUAAGAAUAGGGUGUUUUUAGAUUCUGACUGAGGUGGCAAUCGCUCAUGAAAUUGCCUUGUUAAUUGACAAAUUCGUAAACGAUGUCGAACAAUAAUGUGGUCAUUUUCAUGGUUUUGGGAGAUAUUCAUCCUUUAUCCUACUCAGCGAGACUGCGAAGGUGGUCUGUGGUCUGCGCAGAACCACAUAAACCCGUGUUUAAUUCCACAUAUUAAAACUAAUCAUGGUAACUUAACUUAAGGCUUUUCAUAAGGAAAUCUAAGUGUUGCUACACUCUACUUUUAGCAAGUCAGUGUGACGUUUGAUCAACAAGCGAAACAAUUUAGAAUUCAGUCUUCAGCAAAAAUAAUAGAUUGUGUUGAUCUUUCGCUGGUGUCGUAGAAAGCGCUUUUUAAAUAAGAAUUUUUGUCUUAUUCGUGACUAAACGUGUUUGAAACAGUUUUCGUCAUUAAGUAUUGGAAUUGCAGUAUUACAUAACAUGGUGCAACAGAAAAAACAACGGAAGCGGAUCAAUAUCUCAAUAUCCAAACAAGUCUAAUUUUAGCCUCAGACUGACAGUGUUUGAAUUUUAGUAUCAGUAAGGUGCUCUACUAAUGCAUUCCUUUUAAAAUUUGGACUUAUUUCGAUGAUAUACUCGAUAUUUAUAGCGAAUAGUUUUUGGAAAUUAUGGUUUCCUUUUUUUUCUCUUUAAAGAAACAAUUCGCCAUAUCGUAUUUUUGAAGACCAGUGGAACUUAUGAAGUGUGAUAACGAAAGCCGAAAAUGCACUAUUCAUUUUCUUGGAGCAAUUUACUUCUCGAAAAUGAAACUACAGAAAAUUGAGAGAGAUGUUGCCAACAAGACCGACCUAAAUGUUGUGGUCUGGGGCGACUUCGUCCAAAUUUCAUUAGAAUUGACUAUGUUAACAGGACUGAGUAGAAUACAAUUCGAUCUGUAAUCAAACAAACACAGCACAAACGGCUCUAAAAGAGAUUUUGUUGUUCCUAGAAUCUUUACAGAAGCGUCCCUCCAUUUGUCCAGACAGAGAUGUACUUAAAAGUUCCAAAGUGACCAAGUUAGGGAGAUAUCCCUCACAAACACGUAAGUGCAAAAUGGUUUUUACUUCAGAAUAAUACGAGACACUAAAUAAUACAGACAAAGCUUAAAACUCGGAAUUAAGUUUGAAAUCUUUCGCGAAUAGCAUAUCUUACACCAUUUUUUUAUAGAAAAGAGAAUAGUUGUUUCAUCCCAAAAUAGGACCGGGCCGGUAACUUUGAGGGCCGGAAGCCAAAUUUUAGAAUCUUAACCAAAGGGAUUGUAGUCCUGGUCUCGGCCCAAACAUAUUUUGUUGUUUGAAUUUUAUAACUAUCAAUAUCUCGAUCAUGAACUUCGGCAGAACGACGUAACUUUACCGACUAUAGAAAAUGAGUGAUCACAACUGAAUUGUGCUGCUGUAAUCGUAAAGCCAAGUACAUCACGGGAAAACUGACCGAUUGGUUUAUACGAACUCGAAAUUUAGCUCGACUUACACCGCUUGUUUGACUGACAAUUGACUAAGGAAGAGGACUUCCGCUGACCGUUCCCGAAACGUCUAUCACAGUCAAUGACAACAAAUCCUUUUCAGGACUAUUCUCCACUGGACGAUCAGAUAAAACGAUCAACUGCACUUCCUUUUUGCUUUAAAGGUUUUCUUGCCAUUGGAAUAGCAUCGGUGGCGAGGCCCGCGGGUGAAAUGUACUUGCUGCAAACUACCCAGAGCUUACUUGACAACACAAGUCAGAGUGACAAGGACAGCGUACAAAUUGUAAUCUUUCUUGCCGACUUGGAAAAAGCACCAAGAUCCACCGUAAAAGAAAAGCUUUCUCGAAAGUUCGGCGAACACAUCGAACAGGGACUGCUGACAGUAAUUGAAACAUUUCCCGAAUUUUACCCAGAACUCAUCAAUAUCAAAGAGAAAUAUGGUGACUCAGAGAACAGACGAACGUGGCGCUCUAAGGAGAAUGUCGAUAAUGCAUUUGUAAUGUGUUACUGCAAAGAUUUCAGCCAAUAUUACAUCCAUCUGGAAGACGAUGUAAGAUCUUCUCCAAGCUUUCUCCCUAAACUGAAAGAUUUCAUCCAUGACCAACCGUACCCACAUUGGGUUAUGUUAGAUGUAGCACAACAAGGUAGCGUUGCAAAACUCUAUCAAUCUCGCGAUUUGGAAAAUGCCGCCAUGUUCUACUACCUUCUGUACGAUGAGAUGCCCAUAGACUGGUUAAUGAAUCAUUGGACAAAAAUAAAAUCUGUAGAAGACGCAGAAUCGUUUAACAAAUUAUUGGCGUCGCUAUUUGAACAUAUUGGUGUUACAUCGACACUGGCUGAGAAAGCUCCCCACAUGGCAAGUGAUUUAGAGACCUUUUUCGACGCAUAUGAUCAAAAGUAUAAAGGGUUGAACCCUCCUGCCAUUGUGACUUCGUCAAUGUCUUCUAUCGAGGGGCAACCACAAGAUGCUUAUGAUAAGGGUGAUGGCUAUUUUUGGGCAGAGAGUUCCGAAAGAGAUGAUUACAUCUUAAUAAAGUUUAACUUGCCUACCUCUGUUCAAAAAGUGUUUGUGGACACGGGUUCUUACAGAGCCAGUGACUGUCUGUUAUAUUCUGGUAUUCUGCAGGCCAGUUUUGAAUCAUCGGCGGAUGGUGAAUUGACAAACGAGGAAGAUUCUUGUGGAUAUUUCAAUACUAUUGGAGCAUUUCACGAGGGAAAAGCAGAGAUUACUCCUGAUGAAUCUAAAGUGGUCACUUGUUUACGAAUUGUAUCAACAGAGGGUCAUGCUAAUCAAAUUUUCUUUCGUGAAAUCGAUGUUUGGGAAUCGCUUACCAACAACAAGGCUGAUGUCUAA